AUGGCGUCCUAUGGAGCGUCGUCGUCGUCGGCGGCGGCGGAGAAUCCAUGGACACCGCCCUAUUGCUCGGUGGUGGCCGUAGACACGUCCGCCUUCUGCUACCGUGUCUGCUCCAUCUGCGAGCGGACCCUCUCCGAUACCGCCUCCAACUGCCCCGUCUGCAGCCGUCGGAUCCCCAACGCCGGCUCGAAGCACGUCUACCGCCUCCUCGUAGUAUCGGUUGGCACGGUGGACAGGGUGAUGGUGGUGGUGUGCUUCGACAGGGCGGCGAGGGUGCUUAUGGGGUGCUCCGCGGACGACUGGACGGACUUCCUGGGGGCGCAUCCGUCGGCAAGGGAGAAGGUCGGGGAGCUGCUUCAGGGGGAGAUGCUGAGGAUGACGCUGAGCCGGUCGAGGAAGGGCAAUGCGGAGCACCUGCGGGUGGCGUCGGUGGUGCCGCUCCGCGCCGGGUUCCGCCCCGUCAUCGACAGGUUGAGGAGACUGUACGGGGUGGAGGCUGGGGCUCCGUCCAGCAGCCACCGCGGCUGUUGAACAAAACUCACUCUUGUAACUUGCUGUUUAAGCAUCUCAAUCUAAAGUUGUUUGGUGUGGCUGUGAUGUUGGAACAUUUAAA